AUGAGAUGGGGCAUCCUCUUCUCCCACCCACGGGACUUCACCCCCGUCUGCACCACAGAGCUUGGCCGGGCAGCAAAGCUGGCACCCGAGUUCAGCAAGCGCAAUGUGAAGAUGAUUGCCCUCUCCAUUGACAGCGUGCAAGAUCACCUCUCCUGGAGCAAGGACAUCAACGCGUACAAUGGGGAGCAACCCGAGGAGAAACUCCCCUUCCCGAUAAUUGCUGAUGCGAACCGGGAGCUUGCUGUCAAGCUGGGCAUGCUGGACCCAGAUGAGCGGGACAAGGAUGGCAUGCCCCUGACUGCUCGCGUGGUGUUUGUUUUUGGCCCGGAUAAGAAGCUGAAACUCUCCAUCCUGUACCCAGCCACCACUGGAAGAAACUUUGAUGAGAUCCUGAGAGUGGUGGACUCCCUGCAGCUGACAGCAUACAAGAAGGUCGCUACCCCUGUGGACUGGAAGCCUGGUGACAGCGUCAUGGUCGUGCCCACCUUACCUGACGAGGAAGCCAAGAAGCUCUUUCCCAAAGGAGUCUUCACGAAGGACCUCCCAUCGGGCAAGAAGUACCUGCGUUACACCCCGCAACCGGAGUGAGCGGGUCUGCCCAUCCGUCCUGCCGGGCUGCAGGUCAUUCGGCAUCAGGAGCCUUCCCUGUGGCCAGCUCCUCCUUCCCUGACACUGCACCAUCAAUCAGCAGCCUCGUACUGUCACACUGAUGGUACAUCACAAUACUAAACCAAUCCUCCCCAUCCCUUUCAUCCCUCA